AUGGCACCCUCAAUUUCGACCCCCGGGCCAAUGAACCUGGUUGUGCUCAUUGGUGUUGUGGUGCUGUCGGCCGUGGUAUUCUGCUGUUUCAUAUUGAUCAGAAACCUUUAUUUCCAUCCUCUGUCCAAGUUUCCCGGGCCCAAGAUCGCAGCUGUCUCAAACCUAUGGUAUGCAUACGUUAUGCACCGAGGGGUCGCCCCCAUCGAAAUGAGCAAACUUCAUAAGAGGUACGGACCCGUGAUUCGGGUGGCACCCGAUGAGUUGUCCUUCUCCAGUGCGGUCGCCUUCAAAGAAAUUUAUGGCCACCAGAAGGCCGGCCGCCCAGAAUUAGUCAAAGACAAGAAAUACCACAAGUUCGUUCCUGAGCCAAUUCUCAUCAACGCUGAUCGGGAAUAUCACGGUACCCUCCGAAAGCUUUUGUCGCACGGAUUUUCUGAAAGCGCACUGAGAGCCCAAGAGGCUGUUAUCCAAGAGCACGUCUCUCUGUUAAUGCAGCGCUUGCGUGAGCAUGGCCACGAAGGCCAGGUCGCCGUCGACGUGCUGCGCUGGUACAACGUGUUACAACUACAAGGAUUCGGAGAUGCUCUACAUUGGCCUCAUGUUUACCCGCCUAUCAAACUAGCCUAUGGUCAAUCGUUUGGGUGCUUAGCCAGCUCCAGUAUUCAUCCCUAUGUCGAGUUUAUGUUCCAUUUCAUCAAACUCGCCAGCACUAUGCAAGUAAUGCAACGGCUACCAGCUAUUAUGAAAUACCCGUAUGCAAUGUGGACAGUACCCAAAGAUGUCAAAGCCAACGUUGCGGAGAUGAAAGUUCUUGGCAAUGCCAAGGUCAAUUAUCGCAUGGAGAAUCCUCCUCCGAUACCAGACUUUAUGGCUAAAUUGAUUGAAGCUCACCGAGAAGGCAAGAUGACCUUCAACCAGCUGGUCGGGAAUUCCGAUAUCUUACUCGGUGCUGGAAGUGAGACCACCGCCACUGCGCUCUCAGGUCUGACAUUUCUCUUAAUGACGCAUCCCCACGUUCUCAACAAGUUGACUAGAGAGCUCCGCGAAGAAUUCUCUUCAGCUGAGGAGAUUACCGCUGUGGGAGUUAACAAAUGCAAGUAUCUCCUCGGUGUCAUCGAGGAGGGGCUCCGUAUCUACCCUCCUUCUCCCGCUACGCAUCCUCGCUACACGCCUUCCGGGGGUAUCACAAUCGACGACAACUUCGUUCCUGGAAACAUGGCUGUGGGUGUCACCAUUCUCGCGGCAUGCGUCGACGAGGCCAAUUUUGUGGACGGUGACAAAUUCAUCCCCGAGCGCUGGACGGGCGAAGACUCGAGGUUCGCCGGGGACAAGAAACAGGGGUCGCAGCCCUUUUCGUAUGGACCGCGGAAUUGCGCCGGGAGAAACCUGGCCUAUCUCGAGCUGAAGCUCAUCAUAGCCAAUCUGGUCUGGCACUUUGAUCUGGAGAAUUGUCAUGAAGGGGACUGGAUGGACCAGAAGAUCUAUAUGGUAUGGCAGAAAGGGCCUUUGAUGGUUAAGCUCAAGCCUGUCAAGAGGAGCUGA